AUGGUCCACCUUCCUUCUGUUGGGCUGGCCGUUGCUGCCGCCUCUGGCCUUCUCCAGACCGUUACUGCCGCCCCUCAGGCCUCGACCGACAGCACCUCCACCGCGUCGACCACGUCCUUCCUCGGCGGUCUCUUUGACUUCUUGGACGUUGCCAACCUCACCGUCACCCACCACAACGGCAAGCUCUAUGGCUGCAAGUGCUCGCCCGGUCAGCUCUGCUGGCCCCAGCAAUGGAAGUGGAAUCAGUUGAACACCACCGUGGGUGGCAACUUGAAACUUCACAUACCCCCUGCUGCGUCGUGCUAUAACACCUUCACCGGUCCCUUGGGCACUGUCAACACCUACGAUGCUGCCGCCUGCGCUGACGUGCAUGCCAACUGGGAGGAUGAGAUGUGGACUGUUGAGAAGCCGGGUGCCGCCCUCUGGACAUACUUCACCAACGAGACCUGCCGGCCCACUCUCAAUCCCACCGACAGCUGCACGCUGGGCUACUAUGGCGUUUAUGUCAUCUCUGCCACCACCCGCAACCACAUCAAGGCCGGCAUUGACUUUGCUCGUCGCAACAACAUCCGCCUGGUCAUCCGCAACACCGGCCACGACUUUAUCGGCCGCAGCACCGGUGCCGGUUCCCUGAUCAUCAACACCCACAGCUUCCAGGAUGUCAACUGGAUUUCGUCGUAUGCCGGUCCCGGCUCGUACUCUGGUCCUGCCGUGACCAUUGCUGCCGGUGUCCAGGGCCGCUCCAUCUUGGAGCAGGGCCAUGCUCAGGUUCCUCCCAAGGUGAUUGUUACUGGCGAAUGCCCAACCGUUGGUGUUGCUGGUGGCUUCAUCCAGGGCGGUGGCCACGGUCCAUGGACUACGCUCAAGGGUCUUUCUGCCGACAAUGUUCUCGCCUUUGAGGCCAUCACAGCGUCUGGCCACUUUGUCACUGCCAAUGAGGCCCAAAACUCUGAUCUUUUCUGGGCUCUCAAGGGCGGUGGUCCUUCGGCUUUUGCCGUCAUCCUGUCCGUUACCAUGAAGACGUUUGACGAUGUCUCGUCUGCCGGUGCCACCUUCUAUGUCAACAACACCCACAUUGGUUUUGACAAUGACGCUUACUGGAACGCCACCAGCAUCUUCCACAAGUGGUCCAACCACUUUGUCGACAAUGGGCUCUAUGUCUACUAUGAGCUCUUCCCCUUCACCCUCCGCGCUCAGCCUUUUGUCGCCAUUGGAAAGACGGUCGCCGAGCUCAAUGCCAUUGUUGCCCCCAUGCUUGCUGAGCUCACCGCCAACGGAAUUCCCUAUGAGUGGAACCCCAAGUCCUUCCCGACCUUCUUCGACCUCUAUGUUGAUCUUUUCGAGGCCGAGGCUGCCGGUGGUUCUGCCCUGACGGGUGGCUGGCUGUUUGACCACAAUGACGUUGCCACCAACAACGACGGCAUCAUUGAGGCUUUCAAGACGGUCUUCUCGCCCCGCCCCGACAUCUUCUCCUUCAUUGUCGGUCACUUGUUCAACCCCGGCUACGGCGCUCCUGUCAGCAACAGUGCCACCCACCCUUCGUGGCGCAAUGCCACCGACUUUGUCAUCACUGUCCUGCCCGUCCCUCUGGGUGCCAGCAAGGCGGUCAAGGCCGACCUCCAGAACGUCUUGACCAACACCAUUGACCAGGCGCUCCGCGACGCCUCAGGCUCUGGGGCCACCUAUGUCAACGAGGCUGACCCUUACCAGCCCAACUGGCAGGGCCACUUCUGGGGCUCCGAGUACCCCCGCCUCAAGCAGAUCCGCAAGAAGUGGGAUCCCUUGGGAGUGUUUUACUCAAUUGCCACCCCCGGCACCGAGGACUGGGAGGUUAUCCAGGACACCAGACUCUGCAAGAAGCUUUAA